AUGCAUCCUGCCCUUGGUGGUUUAGAUGUUUUUAGAAAGCAGCUCGCGGCGUACCCUGGCGAGUUCAGCGAGCGCGGUGAGCGAGUGGACGGUGGCGGCCGCGUGUUGCUUCCCUCCUCGUGUCUGGCUGAGCUCUCCACCAUGAACGUCGCCUACCCGCUUCAGUUCUGCGUUCGCUCCCGUUACGGUGCAUGCUACGCCGGGGUGCUGGAGUUCAACGCAGACAACGGCAUUGUCAUCAUGCCGCUGUGGAUGUUCUCGGCGCUAAUGCUGCAGCCCGGUGACACCGUCGUUCUUGAGACGUGUGUGUUGCCGCCGGGAAAACUUAUCAAACUUCGCCCCCAGCAGACAAGUUUCAUUCAGCUCAGCAACCCCAAGCAGGUUCUGGAGAUGCACCUUAGUCACUACCCCGUCCUCACGAGAGGCACAUCCAUUGUGCUACAGUACCUCGACCGGGAAUUUGUCAUUGAUGUCACUGACAUCACAGACGAGGCGGACCGCAGAGUUGACGCCAUCUCAACCGUCCGUGCCGAUGCACAGGCGAUUGAGUUGAAGGUGGAGUUCGAACGCCCGCUGGACAUGCCACCAAGCCCAACAGAAGAUGAGUUGCCAGCGCCACAAGGCCCAAAUGUGAUUGGGUCGGGUGAGGGCGUCGAAUUCGCCCCAUUUGUGUUUAAGCCGCCAACGAUCGGAAAAGACAAGGAGACAAAGGAUACCAAAGCGACAGAACAACAACAACAACAACAGGAAUCACCAAAGCCUGCCUAUGUUCCUUUCGCCGGAGGUGGGCGCCGUUUAAACGACAAGCCUGUAGCACCUGUGCAGGAACAAAGUGCUGAAGAGAAAUCAGAGGAUGAGAAAGUGCGUGAGAAGCGAUUCCAGGCCUUCAGUGGUGUUGGGCGCUCGUUGCGAUAA